AUGGGGUUUCCCAGCCCCGGCAUAAACCUGGAUCCAGCAACGCCGUCCUUCAGUGGGCGCAGCGGCCACGCUGGAUGCAAGUUGACUGUAAUGCCUCUCUUGUUUCUCAUCGAACAGUACGUCGCCGUCCUCCUUCUGGUCGCUGCCACCGCCAACGCCGGCCUCGUCGGCGUCGGACACGGUGGCUUCGGCUAUGGUGGCUUCGGCCACGGUGGCUUCGGCUACGGCGGUUUCGGUCACGGUGGCUACGGAGGCCACGUUGUCGCUGCCCCAGUCGCCAAGGUUGCCGUCGCUGCUCCCCUCCGCGUGACCAGCGCCGUCACCACCAGGCACGACGUGUACGCUCCCCGCGCUGCCAGGGUUGUCCACGCUGCCCCAGUUGCUGUCGCUGCCCCAGUUGCCGUCGGCUACGGCCACGGAGGCUACGGCGGCUAUGGCGGAUUCGGCCACGGACUUGGCUUCGGCUAUGGU